AUGGCGGUCAGUUCACCUAUACAGCCACUAGAGAAACGCAGCAUACAUGUAAAUCGAUUAUCUUCGAGGCAAGGGCCGCCGAAAGAUGGCGAUGGCGGCAAUGGCGGAGGGGGGGGGAUGGGUGGUAGUGCUGUGAUCGUUGGUGUCAUUGCCGGCGUCGUACUCUUCAUCACCGCUUGCGUGGUCUUUUACACAAUGCUGCGGAGAUGGAGGGUUCAAGGCAAGAAGCCCAAAUAUAUUCCCACAAAAUUUUUGAAGAGCAAAUGGCAGACCUGGCAACCCGGUGGAAAAUACAAGGCCGUCCGCAACCGAGACCUUUCGUCCACGAGCACAGCGUACAACGGGAACGAGAUUGACGCUGGAGCGGGAACUGGUGCAGGAGUCGACCGCAACACCAGUGUGCGCAGUGUUAUCACACUUCCGGCGUACUCAAGGACACCAAAGGACACAGAACAAGUAAUUGGACGAGAAGGCGAAAGAGGUGGCAUGGACACGGUAGUGGAGUUCCCGGAGACAGCGGAAGAGGAAGAAACCCGUCGCGAAGACCAAAUGGAGUCCUUAUAUCAGAUUCGAUUGGCACGCCGCCGUGAGAUUGCAGAACGAGAAGAACGGCGGCGGGAGCGAAGGGAAGCUCGUGAGAGAGGAGAUACGGCUCGAUUAGAGCAGCUGAGGCGGGAAUCACGCCAACGUGCAAACGAGAGUACUACUUCCCUCAACGGCGGCGUGAGUGUAUCUGCAGCUACCUUGAUUGCCGAGCAUCAGUCUCGCGGACGAGAACGAAGAGUAUCGAGUGUUGCAUAUGCUUCACUGGGGGAGGUCCGACAUGACGGUACAAGGAUUCGAGCAAAUAGCAAUGACUCGGAGCGAGGUGGCCUCUUGAGUGGAGCAGCCCCCAUGGGCGAAAAUGAUGGACGGCCCCGUCUCCUAUCGGAUGCUACAUCGACGCACAGCCGCGGGCGUUCAAUCAGCGCAGUGAGUGUAUCAACUAUGGGCUCCGAUGUGGAACCUCAACCGACCCCAGGCUCAACCAUUCCUGACGACAGCAAUCGACGGCAAAGUGACGAGCCCCAAAGCGGUGGCACAUCCAAUUCUUCUCCUACUGCCAACAGAUUUACGCCCGAUGAAAGUACUGGAUCAGAAGACAUUGGGGAAUCACGGAUGCCACAACCUCCAGACAUUGAUGAUACCAGUCGACCACCCGACUACGAGUUCUUGGACUGGGGCGAUGCUCCCUCGUAUGAGGCGGCGAUCGCUCGUCGCGCAGCAAGCAAUGCCAGUCGUGCUGCGGGCAUCCCGACUAGAGCUCCCACGGACGCGAGCGUUCCUCCUCAGUUGCCACAGCUCAAUCUUCCUAGGAUUAGUGUUUCUGGGGCUACAGAGCCUAAUACGCCUGUGUCGCCAGUAGUGCAGCCGGCUUCUGCUUCCGAUACUGGGGACAUGCCAGUCUCGCCUGUGGCAACGACGAGCAUUAAUACAGUGGUCGAAAGCACGACGACAGAAACCAACUCCAACCCUACGACUCAUACAAAUUGA